AUGCUUAGGCGCUGUGCACCACGCGGUUUCCCGCUGCGGCAUACGCGAUCGGUGCCCGUAUUGCCGCCACCGUCAUCGCGCCGGCGCCUGUCUACGCCGCCGGACCCGUCAUCGUCGCCGCUCGCAAUCCAGUCGCACUUCGCUUCCUCAGUCGGGCAUGCAGUUGGCACCCUCGGCCGACUAUUUACAUUUGGCUUGAUUGGCCUCAUUACCACGGGUGUCGUGGUCGGCACUGCGUUUGAGGGUGCCCACAUUUGGGUCGAGCACUCCGGACUCGCGCCUGAGAAGGACGAGGAGGCAAAGAAGUGGGAGUGGGAUGUCGAGAUGGAGCGCUGGACGGGAGGUUCUUCGGGCGGGACGGAUGGCGCGCUGGGAUUCAAGGGCGCGCACGCUCUACGCUCCGCGUGGCAGGUCUUGCACUGGGGUCUCGGCACUCCCGUGCCAGGUUCCAACGUAGGGCACGGUGCAGGCGCGUUAGGAGGCAUCGACCCCGCACUGGAACACGCACAAAGCUUCCUGGCCGUCGCACACAAUAUUGCACUCGACCGUCGCGUCAGUGCACGGACCCAAGUCGACCUUCUCACGCGUCUAGCUGAUGUCAUGGAACGUAUCGGCACGCCUGACGCCCUGUAUGAGGCUCGCGCUGAGCUUGAGGACGUAUGGGCGCGGAUACAGACGCUAGAGUCUGCCGACGGACACGAGCGCUCUCGCGUUGCUCUCAAACUCGGAGAUCUCAACCGCCGUCUCGGUGCACCGGACACUGCACUCUCUUGCUGGGCGAAGGCGCUGCAUUUGAUCUCUGGCAAUCCUCUCGCACCCGCACCGCCGCUUCCAGUCCUUCCGACGUCACCACCCAUUUCACCGGCAGAUCAACGCACACUUGCCCGCGCUCUGGUAGCUUUAAGCGCUUUCCAUGCAACCCGAGGAGCCCUGCGCGAAGCGCGGGAUACCGAGUUACGCGGACUGGAACUUCUCCGUGCCGUUCCUGCACCGGAAAGCUUUGGCAGCGCAACACCACCGCAGGCUUUACACAGCUUGUUCGUCAUUCAUCGUGCUGCUAUGCUCAGCGUACACCUGGCGGAAGUCAGCCAUGCACUUCGCACCCGUGGUAACGCAGAGGAGAGUCUUGGUUGGCUAGCACGAGCAGCUGAAUCAAGCGAGCGCGUCGCACGCGUGCUCACCGGGGUCAAACUCAAUGCCUCUGCCCAUCAAGAAGAGAAGGAGUGGACGAACGCAUCGGGGGUGCCGCGUCCGCCAAUGGAUCGACCGCUUCUCAAGGCAUUCGAAGAUAGCCCAUCCAUGAGUACGCCGGCGCGAAACCUGCUGCGCGAUGCGCGUCGGAGUGCCGCGGAGAGCUGGCACCUGUUGGGCUUGUUACAGGAGAAGUCGAGCGAGGCACGCGCGCUUGCUUGCUAUGAGCGUGCGAUGUCCUGGGCGGGGGCCGAUGCCGGGUCUGCGGAGGCGCUGGGUAGGGAGUGGAAAGCGCUGCAGGCAAACCGUGCCCGUGUCAAGGAUAAGCUUGAUGUGAAAACCGCUGAGGCUGCCGCUGCCGUUGCCAAGGCUUGA